UAUCUUUAUAAGAUCAUGUUUAUGGUCGUCUGACAGCUUGAGCUGAAGUAUUGUACAGUCACGAGAAUAGUUCAUAGUGCUCUUUUAUAUAAUUUAAAGAAAUUAAAGUAAUGAUAUUAUUUAAACGAAUAUAACAAGUAUUCAAAAUGUCAGGCGAAACUGAUGUUUUCGAUGGGAACGAGGCGCAAUUGCCUCAAGAUCUUGGAGAUGAUGUUGUUCAAGAAGUUUUAAAGACUGGCACUGAUUUACGCCAAUAUUCCAGACAAAUUGAAAAAGAAUUAAAGGAAGUAGAAAAUAAAUCUAUUCAGGACUAUAUUAAGGAAAGCGAAAAUAUAGCAAGUCUUCAUAAUCAAAUUGCUGCGUGUGAUAAUAUUUUAGAGAAAAUGGAAUUAAUGUUAAAAAGUUUUCAAUCAGACUUGGGAAGUAUAAGUUCAGAGAUACUUUCUCUUCAACGUAAAUCAGUAGCAAUGAGUCAACAAUUAUCCAAUAGACAAACAAUUAGAGGUCCUCUUAGUCAAUUUAUUGAGGACAUGACAGUAUCAGAGGCUCUGAUUGCAGGAAUUAUGGAUUCUCCAGUAACAGAAAAGGAAUUUUUAACUCAGUUGCAAACACUAAAUCAUAAAAUACACUUUGUGAAAGAACAAACUUUUAAAGAAGCUAAAUCUUGUUUAGAUGUAAAAGAUAUUUUAGAGAAACUAAAAGUAAAGGCAAUGGCGAAGAUUAGAACAUAUCUGCUAGAACAGAUUUACAAAUUCAGAAAACCAAUGACAAAUUAUCAAGUGCCGCAGAAUAACAUGUUGAAGUAUAAAUUUUUCUUCGAAUUUAUUUUAGCAAAUGAAAGGAAUGUGGCAGAAGAAAUUUGUGGUGAAUAUGUUACCACGAUGAGUAAAAUAUAUUAUUCUUAUUUCAAAUCAUAUUCUUCGAGGUUAAUGAAAUUGCAGUUUGAGGAAAGAGCAUCUAAAGAUGAUCUAAUGGGAGUAGAAGAUACAAUAGGAAGGGGAAUUUUUCAUAAGACUCCAUUGAAACAUAGGGGUACUGUGUUUUCUAUAGGAAAUAGAGGUGAUGUUUUAACUUCGCAAUUAGAAGCACCUAUUAUUGUGCCUCAUACUGCAUCGAAAACAAGAUAUCACUAUGAAGCCUUAUUUAGAAGUGAGCAAUAUGCUCUUGUAGAUAAUGCCUGUAGAGAGUAUUUAUUUUUAACACAAUUUUUCAAAGUUCGUGAUGCACAAGCAAUGGAUAUAUUUAAUCAGGUGAUGGGGAAGACGCUGAAUUUGAUGGUGAAGAACUUGCAGUCUUUUGUGGAUGAUUGCUAUGAUACUAUUGCUCUAUUUCUCUGCUUACAUUUAGUAAUGCGAUAUCAACUAACUUGUCAUAAAAGAGCAGUGCCAGCUUUAGAUAAUUAUUGGGAUAAUAUGACUUCAGUGAUUUGGCCUAGAUUUGAGUGUGUUUUUCAAAUGAAUAUUCAAAGCAUAAAAGAUUGUGACCCACUGAAACUCAAUAAAGAAACUGGUCCUCAUUAUAUUACACGAAGAUAUGCCGAAUUUAGUGCUGCAAUGAUCAGUAUAGUUGUAGGCUUUCCUUGUGAUGGUGCAAUACAAUUACUAGCAGAGUUAAGGGAAGCUGUUCAAUGUUUUCUACUAAGGAUGGCAACUAUUUUUCCUAAUAGAAUUGAACAAUUAGUUUUUCUCAUUAAUAAUUACGAUUUAGUUCUUGGUGUACUAAUGGGACGAACUGGUGACCAUACCACUAAAGAAGCAGAGAGUUUUCGAGAACAAUUAAAUGCACGUUCUGCAGAAUAUGUUGAAGAAGUUUUAACUCCAUAUUUUGGUGGCAUAAUACAAUUAGUCAAGGAAUCAGAAAUGUUGAUAGAAAAAGGUCAGGGUGAUGAUUUGAAAAGACAAGAAGGGAAAGCAUUAGCUCUUGUGCAAUCCUUUACAAAUAAUUGGAAGCGGGCAUUGGAAGAAAUUAAUCGUGAAGUAUUAAAAUCAUUUCCUAGUCUUGUGUUAGGUACAGCGCUGGUACAACAUGCUAUGACACAAUUAGUGCAAUAUUACAAUAGACUUCACAAAAUUCUUCCACCAAAUGCACGAACACAAUUGACAAAUAUUCAUCAUAUAAAGGUCGAAAUCAAGAAAUAUAAAACAAAUUUUUAGAUUUUUAAAGAUUUUAAAUUAUUCGUGUGGUACGAAUUUAAAAAUUCAAUUGAAUCUUUUUAAAAAUAUUUUACAUAUUAUAUAUUUAAAAUUGCCUCUCAAAGAAAUUGAAGAUAAUUUUAUAUGGAAAAUGAAAUUGUCUAACUUAUAAAUGUGCUAUUUAAAAAGAUAUAUUCACAAUAUGGUAUUUGUUGAUAAUUAAACAUGAAACAUGAAAUAUGUUUAUCAUAGUAUGCGA